AUGAAUGAACAAAAGUACCAUGUGAAUGAUAAGCAAAACACGUCGUUUUUAUUUUAUGAAAAAAUAUAUGAAGGUGAUGAAAGGUGCCUAUUUAAUAUAAUUAUAAGUUUUAAAAAAUUGAAAAUAUAUAAUGAGAAAGAUUUUGAAGAAGUUAUAAAUUUGAAUUCAGAAAAUAUAUUGAAAGAUAUUGUAAUGAUAGAGGAGCAGUUACAAAGGAAUACAUAUAAUAAUGAGAUAAUAAAAGAGGGAAAAAACAAAAGUAAAAAUAAAAAAUAUUUUGAUAUAGAUGAACAUAUAAAUAAAGAAAUGGAUAAUAUAAAUAUUAAUCAAAUAAAUAAUAAUAAUAAUAAUAAUAAUAAUAAAUAUGAUAAUUGUGAUGAUAUUUAUAAAAAUUGUAAAAACCAGUUUGAUAUUAUUAACGCACAUAUUGAUUCUAAUAUAAAUGGUCAUAUACUAAAUAAAAUAUCUGAAAGAGAAGAAAAAAAAUUGUGUGUAAUAUGGGACCUUGAUUUAUCAUAUAAUUAUUUUAAAGAAAUUUCUAUAGAUAAUAUAUUUUCAAUUAUGAUAAAAAAAAAUAUUAUCAGUGAUAAGAAUAUUAUACAAUUAAAUAAUUUAAGAACAUUAAACUUGAGGAAGAAUAAUUUAAUAUAUUUUCCUUAUAUAUCAAAGUUUGUAUUGGAUGGCUUAAUUAAUUUACACAUAUCACAUAAUUAUAUAGAAGGAUGUAAUAAUUAUAUGGAUGAAAUGAAUAAUAUCAAAAAUUUAGAUAAAAAUAUAUGUGACAAAGAAAUAAAUAAUAAAAAAAAUAAUAAAAUAAAUAAUAAUAUAAAUAAUAACAAUUUUUAUUAUGAAGGUAUGUGGAAUAAUAUAGUACCUAAUUUAAAAAAUAUUUAUUUACAAAAUAAUUAUUUGCAAUCUUUUUUUUCUUUAAAAUAUUUAAUUAAUAAACAUAAAAAUAUAAAAUAUAUAAAUAUCAGUUUUAAUAAAAUUAAUUUCUUAACAGAUUUAUUUAUCUUAAAAAAUGUAGAACAUAUAAACUUGUCUUAUAAUACUUUUAUGAAGCUACAAAGUAAUAUGACAUCAGAUGGAUUAACAAAAGACAUAAAUAAUAUAAAACACAAGAACGAUAUAAGUAAUAAUAUGGAUGAGUUAAUUGAGAAUGAUGAAGAUAUAUCUAUGAAUGUAGAUCACACGAUUAAACAAAAAGAUGUGUCUUUUUGUCUAGAAGGACGAGACAAUAGGAAUAUAUUAAAUUUGGAGCGUACAUGUAAAAAUAAUUAUGAUAAUGAUAAUAAAAUUAUAUUUCAUAAUUUUUUAUUAAAUUUGAAAUUUUUUUUUCCAUGUUUAAAAAAUUUAAAUAUAAAAUAUACAGGAGUUUACUAUAAAUUUAAGUUUUAUAUAAAAAAGGAAGAUUAUAAGGAUGAACUGAAUUAUUUUAUUGAUUUUAAAUAA